AUGGAUGACAACUCGUUCGACGGGAAUCCGGGUCCGAUUCAGCCGGGAAAUGGACAGCAGAUGCCUACCGGGAAUGUGCGACCGAUUCCGCAGCAGCAACAGUUCAGAAAUCCGCCUCCAGCCGGACAAGUGGACCCGUACCUGCUAUGGUUUCAGCAGCAGCAGCAGGGUUAUGUCACGGACCUUUUUCGGCAGCAGCAGGAGGUGAUAAGGCAGCAGCAGGAGGUUAUGCAGCAACAACAGCAAGCGUUUAUGGCCCAGCAGGAGCAGCUGAUUCGCAGUAUAAUGACAUCGAUCCAGGUGCAGGUCCCAGCAAAUCCGGAAGCUGUUUUAGAUUCCUUGGCGAACAAUAUCAAGGAGUUCAGAUACGAUCCCGACAGCAAUGUUACGUUCGCUGCGUGGUAUAGUCGAUAUGAGGACUUGUUCGCGAAGGAUGCCAACCGACUCGACGGAGGAGCAAAAGUGCGCUUGCUGAUGCGAAAGCUGGGGAUGUCGGAGCACGAAAGAUAUAUCAGCUUUAUUCUGCCAAAGGCACCGAAAGAUUUUGACUUUGCGGUGACGGUAAAAAAGUUGACCAGCUUGUUCGGUGCUGCCGAAUCUGUGAUUAGCCGGAGGUAUCGUUGCCUGCAAAUCGUCAAGCAGCCACAGGAGGAUUAUGUGACGUAUGCAUGCCGCAUUAACAAAUCGUGCGUCGAGUUCGAGCUGUCCAAGCUAUCGGAGGAGCAGUUCAAGUGCCUCGUAUUCGUGUGUGGCUUGAAGUCGGACAAAGAUGCAGAUGUGCGGAUGCGGCUGUUGUCGAAGAUUGAGGAGCGGAAUGAUGUUACGCUGGAACAGCUGUCGGAAGAGUGUCAACGUUUGUUGAACUUGCGGCACGAUACUGCGAUGAUUGAGGAGAACUCAAUGUCUGUGAAAGCCUUGAAGACGAAGCAGUACCGUUUCAAGGGAACCUCGCCGUCGAAGUUCAACCAGUCCGGCAGUGAGAAGGGUAGUUGGAGAGCGAGCAGCGGGAAGACUAGUCCGGAAACAGCUUGUUGGCUAUGCGGUGGCAUGCAUUACGCCAGGGAGUGCACGUACAAAAGCCAUAAGGGCAGCGAUUGCAGCCAGGUAGGCCAUAAGGAUGGCUACUGUCGGAGUGCAGCGAAGGUAAAAUUCAGGCGACGGAAGCCCAAUGUUGCAGCGGCCAAGGUAGUGACUGUGAAUUCGUGCAGUGUGCAGGAGCGUCGAAAGUACGUGCCGGUUGGAAUCAAUGGAUUACCGGUGCGUAUGCAAAUCGAUACGGGGUCUGACAUCACGAUAAUUUCGUCGGAUACCUGGUGCAAGAUUGGCAGCCCUUCAACGUCUGCGUCGACGAUCAUCGCAAAGACAGCCAGUGGUAGGCCAUUGCAGAUUGAAGGUGAGUUUUCUUGUUAUCUUUCCAUUGAUCGGCGAGUGUUGCGUGGCUUGAUUCGGGUCACCAAGGAACAGUUACACCUGUUGGGUUCUGACACGAUUGAUGCUUUCUGA